AUGUUUCGGCGGGACAGGAACAAUUCAGAGCGCACGCAAAAAACGCAUAGGAGUGAUACUGAGUGGAAUGGAGAGGCCAGGUUACCAGCACAACCUGCAACAUUGAACGCCUCGCACACAGGCGCAGGUACACCUCAAGAAACCAACCACCUGCGACGACUUGUCCUACGGAGGAGUGAGCAGAUUAGAAAAGGAGAAGAACUAGCGCAACCUUCGAGUGAUCGUCGACUUGAUCCUCUGGGUUUAAAGGUACUGCACGAGCCAAACCAUCCUCCUGCAGCAGAUAUCAUUUUCGUGCAUGGACUUGGAGGAACCAGCCAGCAAACGUGGUCUAAAAAUCAUGACCCGACCUUAUUCUGGCCACUGGAAUGGCUGCCUUAUGAGAACUCAAUAUCAUCCGCGAGAAUAUCUUCGUUCGGUUAUAAUGCACAUUUCCUCUCAACAUCAUCGACUCGAAAGACGAUCUUGAACAUCUCUGAUUUCGCCAAAGAACUUUUAUUUCAACUUCUAUUUGCCACUGGAAGCGGCGAACAGCCCUUACAGAUUGGCAGUGUGCCUCUGAUCUUCAUUGCUCACUCGAUGGGUGGACUAGUGGUCAAAAAAGCACUCAUUCUUGGACGCAACGAUUCAAAUUACACUGAUAUUGUUGACUCUGUCUCAGCCGUGCUAUUUCUAUCCACUCCACAUAGAGGCUCAGACCUCGCAAGCACGUUAAACAAUUUACUCUCCGCAUGCAUUCUCACUUUCUCACCCCAGGAGUACAUUGCAGAACUUAGGGCUAAUUCGCAAAGCUUACUGGAGAUCAAUGAUCAAUUCAGAAAUCUUGUCUCUAAAAUUGAGUUAUUUUCAUUCUACGAAACCCGUCCAACGAAAGUCGCCGGCAUCCAUGUACAAAUUCUACAGAGGGAUUCCUCAAGCCUGGGAUAUCCUGGCGAAAUCUGUACACCUCUGGAUGCAGAUCACCAUGAUGUGUGUAAGUUUUCGAGCCAGCAAGAUCCAAACUAUGCUGUUAUACGCGAUGUGCUCAGGUAUCUCGUCGCCAAAAGGAAUUUGCAAAACGGCUUGAAAGAGGAGCCUGAUAUUUCUGCUGAUAUGGAUAUGCUUGGGGAUGUGAUGAAUAAUCCAGAAAUCCCGAUCGAUGAUCUGGAAUACUUUGCUGAUAAGCGACUCUCAGGAUCGUGUGCGUGGAUAUUGGACUCUCCAAAGUUCACCUCAUUCCUUCAUCAACAAUCUAUGUCACCAUGCGUCCUCUGGCUAUCAGGAAAACCUGGUUCGGGCAAAUCUGUCAUCUCUUCAUUUCUAAUUACCACACUUCAAGAAAGGCAGUUGAAGAAUGCAUUCUACUUUUUCCGCUUUGGAAAUCAGAUCAAGAACAACUUGACUUCUUUCCUUCUCUCUGUCGCAUGGCAGCUUGCAGCAGAGAUUCCCGAGUACCGGAGGCGACUUGUACGCCUGUUUGAGGAUGGAUUGAAUGUACGGAAAAUCGCUCCCCGUCUUAUAUGGCAAAGACUAUAUCUCGAGGCCUUAUUGAGAACAAGCAUACGGCAUCCUUUAUUCAUUGUUGUUGAUGGUCUGGAUGAAACAGAUUCGAACUCAUUGCUUAAGCUAUUAAUCGAAUUGCCACGAUCACAGUCGCCGUUGCGAUUUCUCCUUGUCAGCAGACCCACGCAGAAUAUAGCUACAGCUAUUGAUAGACUCGGCAAGAGGUUAAGUGUCCAAUCAAUGGUGGUCGACAACACAGAUGACGAUCUACGAAUGUACGUCGAGGAUGAGAUGCAAGCAAUGCAUGGCGAUGCGUCAUUCAAGCAGAGUAUUAGUGAACGCAUUCUUGCUAAGGCAGACGGCAAUUUUCUUUGGGCCCAUCUUGUCGUACAUGAGAUUUUACAAUGUCAUACCGAAUAUGAUGUAGAAGAUGCCAUGAGCCAUGUCCCAGAGGAUCUUGAACCACUUUACGAGCGCAUGGACGAGUCACUUGCUAAAGCAAUGAAGCCUUCCGAUCUGGCAUUGAGUCAAGCAAUUCUGCGCUGGGCAACAUGCUCUCGGUAUCCAUUGACUUUGGGUGAGUUGAAUGAUGCGUUGAAGGCAGAGUAUCCAAAGAUUAUGAACUUGGAGCACACGAUACGUACAGUUUGUGGUGACUUCGUCGUUAUCGAUAAACGGUCCCACCUCACCAUGAUACACUCUUCAGCCCGCGACUUCCUUAUGACCAAGACUGAGCUACAUUUCUAUGUCAGUCCUCCAGAAACACACCAUGCACUCUUUGCCAAGUGUAUAAGUUCCUUAUCAAGUUUAUGGCCUCGUUCAAGUACAGAACGCCAUUCAAGACCAACCCGGGAGUCUCAUACCUCCGAUCAAACGGAGUUUCAAAGUUCGAAGGCCUCACAGGUAGACCCAGAAACCAGGAAAUUUCUGCUGUACGCUGCAACCUCAUGGCCAUAUCAUCUCGAGGCUAGCGACACCUGGGCCGAUCAGGAGUCGGUCCUGCUUCUCUCAAAGUUCCUUCAAAGUCAGUGCGUCCUCCAUUGGAUUAACCUUCUCUCUCGAGCAAGCUUGUUGCGAGUUCUGGUACAGGCUUCGAAAACCAUGAUGGAUUUCCUCAAGUUGUCGAACAAGCUUGAUGCGGCAAGAAGUCCUUUAACUCAUCGCCUGAAGGAGAAAGCUGUCCUGGCAGACUGGUCGAACGACUUGGUACGUAUUGUGGGCAAGUUCGGAAGCCAACUCAUACAUUACCCCAAAACAAUAUUUGACCUCAUUCCAGCAUUUUGCCCGACACAGUCCAUCAUAUACAGACAGUUUGCGCUUUCGACAUCCUUCAAAGCACUCAAGAUCGUUGGACUUGCAAAUGCUGAGUGGGAUGACUGCCUGGCUAAAUUUACUGUACCUGGGUCAAGCAUGCCGCUUAAGCUUGUCACUCUUGACCGAUAUUUCUCUAUCCUGACCAGCGAUGGCAUCGUAAAACUUUACCACACCUCGACGUCUGAAGAGGCGAGAGUGUUCAGCCAUGGUGAAAGGGUGCUCACAAUGGCUUUCAGUGCGGCGGGUGAUCGGCUCGCAACUUAUGGGAUUUUGAAGACCAAGAUCUGGGAUACCCGGACAGCGAGGCUACUCUUCUCUGUCCAGAAUCCUCCCAGAGUAAAGGCACUUACUAUCGCCUUUACUCCGAAUGGCGAUACAAUCUUGACGUGUUCAGACGACCGCGUGGUUAGGUUCUGCGACGUUUUCGAGUGGCAGUAUGGAUGGGAGACCGUCCACGAUGUCUUUGGUACCGAGCUGUCUGGAAACUCUCAGUAUACGUCCCCACAGAAAGUCUCAUUCAAUACAGAGUGCACCGUUGUAGCAAUCGCAUUUCGUGGCCACGCGCUCAUGGCAUGGUCUCUUGAUGAACCACGUCCGUGGCUCAUUGGUCGUUGUGAAGGACAGCGUGAGCAGAUCAACACAAAGCAGAUGGCUCGAAGCAAAGUUCUAGGUGCUCAUGCAUUGUGCUGGAAUUCUACGACAGGUCAUGUCUUGGGAAUCUCUAAUGAAGGCUAUAUCUUCAAAUGGCAUCCCUUUGAUCAGGAUUACGCCAGCUCCGUAACCCGAGCCACUAAUAUUGAAUGCAGUGCUGACGGUCGAUACUUUGUGACCAGUAGUAGGAAUGGAGUGCUUCGUGUGUGGGAUUUCGAACACUUCACGCCAAUUUAUAAGCUGUCCUAUGCAGCGUCGAUACAAGACUUUGCGAUCGAUCGCAACGAUAUCCGCAUUUACGACAUCAGGGACAAAUUCUGCAAUGUCUGGGAGCCUAGUGCUAUUAUGCAGUUGCUAAACUCUGACGACAAGGCAAGCGAAACCACGAGCACGUACGAGUCUUCCCUCCAAACGAUAUCUCCCUCGGAAGCCCUGGUCGAUGCCAUGGAGCCGGUGACAGCGCUAGCUGUGUGCUCCAACCACGGCCUUUAUGCAGUAGGCACCGAUGAAGGCCGUGUUUCAGUAUUUGAUUUGGAGGGAUGUCGUAUCGCAGAACUCCCCGAGAGAUUCAUGACUAUUGAGCAAAUCUGUUUCAACCCCGAAGGCUCUAUGAUAGCAUCUGCAGAUCUCAGCCGAAGUGUCUUAGUGGAGCAAUUGAUUCCUAGAGAGGAUCAGAUGACCACGAGCACAUUGCUUGUGGCCCCCCAGCCAAACAUAGUGCGCCAGGUUCUCUUCAAUGCAGCUGGCACCAGGCUUUUUGUCUCAUCGACACCAACGAACAGAAUCUACCGGAUGGAUCAACACGAGAGCAUCCAAACAUUUUCAGAUCCCGAGUUUCGAAGAUGGAUCAACCAUCCAUUGAGCGAUGGUUUCGUCCUUGGUUUUUCGUGCGACAACGUGAAGGUUUGUCGCUGGGAUGGUAUCGAACAACCCAUACUGAGGAAGUUUGCGCCAAACGAGAUUGGAGAAUCAUUCUUCGAGCUACGACCUGAAUUUGUCAAGAGGAGGCCAUCGGAGUCCUACCCAAUGAGCCCAGCUGAGAUCACGAGGCUCGUGACCAAGAUCCUGGUAUCGAUGAAUGGUCGAAUUAUCUUGAUUGAGAUUUCCGAGUCCACCACUCAGGGAAAACGACGCAAGAAACAUAUCAUGGUCGACAUAAAUUCCAUUCUGGACCUAGAGACCGAGAACAUAGUCACGUAUGCAAUACCGGCAGAAGUGCAACCUCUGUUGGAAGUUUCGCUUGGCUUCCUCUCUAAGGAUGUCUACCAACUCGCACAGACAAGGUUGUCAGCACAACCACACCUUUAUCCUCGCCGUUCAUCAGGUCAGGCGAGCCUGCAGACAUUGGCAGCAUCAACUAUAACAGGGUCGACACUGCGAUCACCAUCGCCAGCUCGAUCGCCGUCUCCCCUGCCAUCUUCAACGUCCGCAACAUCCCUCCUCGAAGAACACAUCGUCGCAUUCAUCGACCGGGAGUUCUGGGUAUGCACCGCACCGUUCACGGGAACAAAUGCCGGGCACAUCAGACGACAUUUUUUCCUGCCUCGCGAUUGGGUCAAUUUGGACUGGCUGGAGCUCGCGAAGCUGUCUAGUGACGGAAAGAUACUUUGUCCGCGCAACGGCGAGGUCGCUAUCAUUUCCAAUGGCUUCAGAGAGAUCUGGCGUGAUUGA